AUGGUAGGUGAAACUCCUUACCAAAUCUCUGACUUGGACAGAAGGGGUCAGCAUAGGUCCUUUGUGGGGAGAUAUGACCCCAGUUUAAGAGCAAUGAUCCCUUUAUGGUCCUAUGCAAGGUUGGCUUGUAAUCCAGUUGAUGAUGCAGGGCUAUUUUCAUUUACCACAUUUUCCUGGUUUAUAUCUAUAAUGGUCAAAGGCUACAAACACAUAGUGACUAUGAACACCUUGCCCCCGUUGUCAUCUUAUGACAUAACAGACAUCAAUGCAAAGAGGUUUUGAUCCCUUUGGGAAGAAGAAGUAGCAAGGGUGGGUGCAGAAAAAGCUUCAGUGGGACGAGUGGUCUGGAGAUUUCAGAGAACUCGUGUUCUGAUAGAUAUCAUAGCCAACUUCCUUUGUGUAAUCAUAGCAGACAUAGGACAGACUGUUCUCAUUCAACAAAUCCUCCAGUAUACAGAAAGCACCUCCAAGAAUGUCUUCGUUGGCAUUGCCUUGUGCGUGGCUCUUUUUUUCACUCAGUUUACUAAAGUUUUAUUCUGGGCACUAGACUGGGCUAUAAAUUAUCGUACGGAUCGGCUGAAAGUUGCCACUUCAACUGUAGCUUUUGAAAACCUGAUUUCAUAAAAGACUCUGACACAUAUCUCUGCUGGUAAGGAUGGAGGAGACAUGAGUACAUUUGUAAGCAAAGUGGAGAAGGAUGACAAUCAGGAAGAUCAAGAGUUAUCAAGUGAUGGCCAUUCCUUUUUCGAAGCUACCUUAUUUUGUCCUCUGCCAGCUACAAUUCCUCUCCUGAUGGCAGUCUGCUCAGUGUAUGUUUAUUUUAUUCUGGGGCCCACAGCUCUCAUUGGGACAUCUAUAUAUGUGAUAUCCAUCCCCAUUCAGAUGUUCAUGGCUAAGCUCAAUCAGGCCUUUCAAAGAUCUACCAUUACUAUAACAGACAAUUGUGUCCAGAUAAGGAAUGAAUUUUUGACCUGCAUCAAGCUUAUUAAAAUGUAUGCCUGGGAAAAAUCCUUUACAACCAACAUCUGAGCCAUAAGGAAGAAGGAAAAGAAAUUGCUGGAAAAGGCAGGGUUUAUACAAAGUGGAAACUCAGUUCUUGUACCUAUUGUGCCCACAAUGGCCAUUGUCCUGGCUUUCACUUUCCAUGCUCUUUUAAAAAGCUCACCUGCUGCAUUUAGUGUGAUUUCCAUGUUUAAUGUAAUGAGGUUUUCAACUGCAAUCUUGCCUUUCUCAGUCAAAGCGGUGGCAGAAGCUAAUGUUUCUCUAAUGAGAUUGAAGAAGAUUCUUGUAAACGAAAGCACCCCGCCUUAUUUCACCCAACCAGAAGAUGCAGAUACUGUCUUGGUACCAAAAAAUGCUAAUUUGUCUUGAGAACAGGAACCUAACAGGAUAAUUAUCCCAGGGAAAGAAGACAGUAAGAAGAUCUUUGACUCAAAACCAGGCCUGGAGACUUAGAGCUUGAGUCUGAAAUUUGAGGGGCUUGUUGGACCAGAUGAGGAAAAAAAGAGACAAUAAGCCCAGUUCUGCGAAAAAUGUUUGACUGUGAAAAAGGGAAAGGUCUCAGGAAUUUGUGGCAAUGUUGGAAGUGGAAAGAGCUCCUUCAUAUCAGCCAUCCUGGGACAGAUGCAAUUAUGGGAUGGGUCUGUGGCGGUAAAUGGAACAGUGGCUUAUGUGUCACAGCCAGCACAGAUCUUUCAUGGAAACAUGAGAGAAAACAUAUUUGGAGAAAAGUUUGACAGUCAAAGAUAAAAGUACCAGCACUCAGUCAAGGUCUAUGGCUUGCAACAGGACUUAACAAAUCUUCCUCAUGGAGACUGGACUGAGUUUUUAGAAUUUUGUGAUGAAGUCAUUUUAUUAGAAGAUGGGAAGAUUUGUGAAAAAGGAACUAACAAGGAAUUCAUGCUGAAACGGGGGCAAUAUGCAAAGAUGAUUCACAACCUUCGGGGAUUGCAAUUCAAGCAUCCUGAAAACAUUUACGAUGAAGCAAUGAUGGAAGCCCAAAAGGAGAACCAGGGAUCAAGUGCCAAAGGAGAGGAAAAUGCUGCUUUGGUUUCACAUGAUGAAAAAGAUGAAGGAAAAGAACCUGAGACAGAUCUAGAUACUCUAGACACAAGAGUUCCUACACACCAACUCAUUCAGACUGAAAUAUCCUGGGAAGGAUCAGUGACCUGGAGAACAUAUCAUACGUAUAUUAAGGCUGCUGGAGAGUAUAUCCUGUCUACCUUCAUGGUGCUUCUCUUCUUUUUGAUGAUUGGAAGUUCAGCUUUCAGCAACUGGUGGCUAGGUUAUUGGGUAGAUCAGGGAUCUGCAAUGGGCUGUAGGACUCAUAAUAAUGAGACCCCUUGUCAGACUAGCCAUAUAUUGGUGAAUCCCAAGCAAAUCAUUUACCAGUUGGUGUAUGUGGCAAGUGUGAUGGCUGUGAUAUUUUCAUUUAUAAAAGGAUUUGUUUUCACCAAGACAACUCUAAUGGCAUCUUCCACAUUACAUGACUGGGUAUUUGAAAAGAUUUUAAAAAGCCCAAUGAAUUUCUCUGACACAACUCCCACUGGCAGGCUAAUGAACCAUUUUUCCAAGGACAUGGAUGAGCUGGAUGUGAAGCUGCUGUUUCAUGCUGAGAACUUUUUGCAGCAAUUUUCUAUGGUGUUAUCUAUUCUAGUUAUAUCAGCGGCGGUGUUUCCCACUAUAUUCUUUGUGCUGGCUGGUCUAGCUUUCAUUUUCUACGUUCUCUUACACCUUUCUUGCGGAAUUUCUCACAAAGGGAUCCAAGAGCUGAAGAGCGUGGAAAACAUCAGCUGGUCUCCUCGGUUCUCUCACAUCACCGCCUCUGUACAAGGCCUGGGCAUCAUUCAUGCCUAUAAUAAAAAGGAAGGAUUCAUCAGCAAGUUUAAGAUAUUAAAUGAUGAAAAUCCUAGUCACCUCUUAUAUUUUAAUUGUGCACUCUGGUGGUUUUCACUAAGAACAGAUAUCCUCAUGAACUUGGUCACUUUCAUUGUGGCUACACUGGUGGCUCUGAGUUACUCUUCCAUCAGUGCUUCAUCCAAAGGUUUAUCCUUGACCUACAUCACCCAGUUGAGUGGACUCCUUUAAGUCUAUGUAAGAACAGGUACAGAGGCACAAGUCAAAUUUACCUCUGUGGAACUACUAAGGGAAUAUAUCUCGACCUGUAUUCCUGAGUCUAUUGACCCCUUCAGAUCAGUGAGUUGUCCCAAAGAAUGGCCAAAAUGAGGGGAAAUUACAUUCAAAGAUUACCAAAUGAAACACAGGAAAAAUACCCCUCUUGUCCUCAGUGGGUUAAAUCUGAAUAUCCAAAGUGGACAGACCAUUGGCAUCAUUGGAAGGACUGGUUCUGGAAAAUCUUCAUUAGGAAUGGCCUUGUUUCGGCUAGUAGAGCCAACUGCUGGCACAAUUUUCAUUGAUGAUGUUGAUGUUUGCACCAUUGGUUUAGAAUAUCUCAGAACCAAGCUCUCUGUGAUCCCCCAGGAUCCUGUCCUGUUUGUAGGUGCAGUAAGAUUUAAUUUGGAUCCUUUUGAGAGCCGCACAGAUGAGAAACUCUGGCAGGUUCUGGAGAGAACUUUCAUGAAAGAUAGAAUAAUGAAACUUCCAGAGAAAUUACAGGCAGAAGUCACAGUAAAUGGAGAAAACUUCUCAGUAGGGGAAUGGCAACUGCUUUGUAUGGCAAGAGUGCUUCUUUGUAAUUCAAAAAUAGUUCUCCUUGAUGAAGUCACUGCUUCAAUGGAUUCUAAAACAGAUGCCCUGGUUCAGAGCACCAUCAAAGAAGCUUUCAAGGAAUGCACUGUUUUAACCAUUGCCCAUCAUUUAAACACAGUCCUAAACUAUGACCAUGUCCUAGUCAUGGACAGUGGGAAGGUGGUUGAGUUUGACUUGUCGGAGGUUCUUGCUGAGAAACCAGAUUUUGCAUUUGCAACAUUAUUAGCUGCAGAAAAAGAAGUCUGA